UUUCCUGUCACGUGGUCGACAUUUCCCGCCGUUUUGCAAAGAUUGAGAAUUUGUUAUAAAUAAAAUUCAUCACAACAAUGCCUCCUCGAGAUUAUAUUGCUGAAAAGGAGAAAGUAACAACGUUUUUAAAGGAGUUCUACAUCGAUGGCGAUGGCAAAGAAAAGAAUUUUGUUUAUGGAAGUCAGCUGAUGAAACUGGCGCACCGGGAACAAGUGGGCUUGACCAUCGACCUCGACCAUGUGUCGGAAUACGACCCCGAGCUGGAGGAAGCCAUUGUUGAAAAUACACGCAGAUACACCAAGCUGUUUGCAGAUUCCGUUCAGGACUUGUUGCCUGAAUACAAAGUCAACGAGACAGUGAACAAGGACUCUCUCGAUGUUUAUAUUGAACACCGCCUCCUGAUGGAACAGCGGAACCACCCGGAGGGUGCCGAGGCUACCCGCGACUCCCGGAACAAAUACCCCUCAGAUUUGAUGAGACGCUUUUGAAUCUACUUCAAAUCUCUGAGUCAACAAAAGCAUGUUUCAAUACGCGAAGUGAAAGCAGAGAGCAUUGGCCAUUUGGUCUGUGUGAAAGGCAUUGUUACCAGGGCGACAGAGGUGAAACCAAUGCUGGUGGUUGCUACGUAUACAUGUGAUGUCUGUGGAAAUGAAACCUACCAACCGAUUUCCUCCCCAUCCUUCAUGCCUCUGAUCAUGUGUCCAAGUCAGGAAUGCACGAUAAACCGGUCGGGCGGUCGGCUCUACUUACAGACACGAGGCUCCAAGUUCGUCAAGUUCCAGGAGGUCAAGAUACAGGAACAUAGUGACCAGGUACCGGUGGGCAACAUUCCGCGUAGUAUGACUCUGUACUGUCGCGGGGAAACCACGAGGCUGACACAGCCGGGAGAUCACAUCAGUGCCACAGGAAUCUUUUUACCCAUGAUGCAGGCAGGAUUCAAGCAGAUUUCUCAAGGCCUACUCGCCGACACUUAUCUGGAUGUGCACCGUAUUGUCAAGAUGAACAAGAUGGAAGAUGACGAGUUGGAUGCCGGGGAACUCACAGCGGAAGAACUCAAAGUUGUGGCUGAGGAUGAUUUUUACGACAAGCUUGCCAGCAGCAUUGCCCCCGAGAUCUACGGGCACGAGGACGUGAAGAAAGCUCUACUGCUGUUACUGGUCGGGGGCGUCGACCAGUCGCCAAAAGGAAUGAAGAUCAGAGGCAACAUAAACAUCUGUCUGAUGGGCGAUCCUGGAGUGGCAAAGUCACAGUUACUUUCUUACAUCGACAGGCUGGCACCCAGAUGUCAGUAUACGACCGGUCGUGGUUCGUCGGGUGUGGGUUUGACUGCGGCCGUCAUGAAGGAUCCAGUCACUGGGGAGAUGACACUGGAGGGCGGGGCGCUCGUCCUGGCAGAUCAAGGGGUGUGCUGCAUCGACGAGUUCGACAAGAUGAUGGACGGCGACCGCUCGGCCAUUCAUGAGGUUAUGGAGCAGCAGACAAUCUCCAUUGCAAAGGCAGGAAUUAUGACCAGUUUGAACGCGCGGGUGUCGAUCCUGGCCGCGGCGAACCCUGCGUACGGACGCUACAACCCGAAGAAGUCGAUCGAACAGAACAUCCAACUCCCAGCCGCCCUCCUGUCCAGGUUCGACCUGCUCUGGCUACUCCAGGACAAAGCUGACCGGGACAACGACCUCCGGUUGGCUCAGCAUAUUACUUACGUUCAUCAGCACAACAUACACCCACCCCUGCAGUUCACCCCCCUCGAGAUGAAAGUUAUGAGGCGUUACAUUGCUCUGUGUAAGAAGAAGUGCCCGGUGAUCCCCGAGGUGUUGGCGGAAUACAUCACAGGUGCGUAUGUGGAGAUGAGGAAGGAAGCGCGGAACAACAAGGACAUGACCUUCACCAGCGCAAGGACGCUGCUUGCCAUCCUCCGACUGGCCACUGCAUUGGCGCGGCUGCGUCUGGCGGAUGUGGUGGAGAAGGAAGAUGUAAACGAAGCGAUGCGACUCACAGAGAUGUCCAAAGAUUCCCUAAACCCGCACCACGACGUGCACAAACGGACACAAAACUUCACAGAUCAGAUUUUCGCGAUAGUGCGUGAGAUGGCCCCCGACAAGGGAGUUAAGUCUGUCAAGGUUAAUGACAUCAUGGAGCAGUGCACGUCGAAGGGUUUCAAGCCGGACCAAGUGGAUGCGUGCAUCGAGGAGUACGAGGAACUGAACGUGUGGCAGGUGAACAACGCCAGGACGCGCCUCACAUUCAUCUAGACACUCGCAGUCGGGAACAUUAUGUUAGCCUCACCUUCAUCUAGACACUUGCAGACGGGAACAUUAUGUUAGUCUCAUGUUCAUCUAGACACUCGUAGACGGGAACAUUAUGUUAGCCUCAUGUUCAUCUAGACACUUGCAGACGGGGACAUUAUGUUAGUCGGACAUCUGAGACUGUUAGAAAGUUUUAGCUCUCUUUAUGUAGUGUUUUCCCUAGAAAUUUGGCAAGGCAUGUUAGAAACAACACUGGGGGCAUUUUCACCAUUUUCAGGACACUGUUUUUGCAUUAAAUGUAAUUAAUGUUCUUGCUUUAAUAAAUGAAUGG